UUCCCGUGCCGACACGCGUUGGCCUAUUAAAGCUCAAGCCAUCUUUCUGAAAGGCACUUUAGCCUGGUUGUGUGGCUUGCAAUAAGAGCCAGCGCGAAAGUCGCCAUUGCUGAUUCCGACGUUCAAGUCCUGAUGUCCACUGAAUCCACGUCGACUAAACACCAUGGUUCCUAUGAAUCCUCCAAUGCAACUGCUCUGGGCUCCGGCAGCCAAGAGUACAGUCGUAACUCAUCAAGAGGCGCAACUGCAUCGUCCGAACGGGUGAAAGCCAGUUGGGAGGAUUCACAAUCCUCGCGGGCUGAGGGAGAGGACGACAUACUGAAUGGGAUACCGGCAAAGGGCGACAAAGGCUUCAAUCUCAGCGAUUUUUGCUUCGAGCUCGAUCGUAGCUCGAGAGCGGAACGCGCCGUGGUUACUUCCAUACGUCGGUAUGCUACGAAAGGGCGAGUGAAACACCGUUUCCUCUUGAUAUCUGUUAAUCUGGAGGCGGACAAAUUUUGGUUCCGUUUGGACCGUCAUCCAAGAACAAAAAGUUUCCUCAAGUUGUCUUCUGCAUCUUACUUGGCUUCAAACGAUCUUGUGAGCAGCUCUUUUCUUCUCAGCCACUACCACAACUUGGAUCUCAUAAGAUCUGGCAAGAGGCUCUGAUUAAUUUUGAAAAACCAGUGCCACUGAGGCGUCUUGCAAAAGCUCUUGGCGUGAUUCGUGACGAAUCAGUAUCCUACGGACUAUCAAAGGAGAACUGUUGGUUCUUCGCGUCUAUCAUUCAGGAGAUCUCGCUUCAGUUUUUAGGGGGAUAUUUUAGCGCUGGUGGCCGACUCAAUCAUCCUAGACUGGCCCGUGGACG